AUGUCGAAUCAGGAGCUUCUUCCAAUCGAUGUCUCGGGGGACGUGGGUGCUAGAAUCCUGAGUGUCGAUGGAGGAGGAGUACGGGGUCUUAUUCCUGUGCAAUUGCUCAAAUUCUUAGAGAAGCAGUUGCAGAAAUUGGAUGGGGAAGAUGCCAGACUAGCAGAUUAUUUCAAUAUAAUGGCAGGUACCAGCACUGGAGGUCUCAUCACCACAAUGUUAGCCACUCCAGAACCGAAUGACCACAAACACAAUCGUCCUUUUAGUACCCAGAAAAUUGAAGAUUUCUACUUGAAGAAUGCGAGUUUGAUAUUUCCUCAACCAAGCAAAUGGAAUAUUUUUCACGGCAUUUUUGGUCCCAAAUACAAUGGCAAACAUCUGGUCGAUAUCUUAGAACAAGAGAAAUUUCACGAAAGACGGCUGUGUGAUACGGCUACUAACCUGGUGAUACCCACCUUCGAUAUCAAGACGCAGUUUCCUACAAUUUUCGCCAGUCAUGAGGCGAAAGUAGAUCCGCUGAAGAAUCCACAUCUAAUGGACGUAUGCCUCUCCACAACUGCAGCUCCUACCUAUUUUCCAUCUCACCAGUUUACAACAAAUUCCAGUGACGGAAAGACCCAAGUUUUUAACUUAGUAGAUGGAGGAGUAGCGGCUAAUAAUCCUACCUUGAUAGCAAUGAACUUAGUCACUCGAGCAGUUCAUCAGGAUACAAGAAUAGUCGACAAAAAGGAGCACCUUGACCACUUUAUUGUACUUUCUCUUGGAACGGGAUUAGAAGAGGGUAUUGAAUGGGACGCAAAAAAGGCUGCCACAUGGGGAAGCUUGAAGUGGAUUACUCACGAUGGAAGAACGCCUCUCAUAGAAUCUAUCAUGAAUGCAAGUUCAGACAUGGUCAACAUUCAUAUAGCUUUGAUGCUCCAUCAUGUCAAAGAAAACUAUCUUAGAAUCCAGGAAUGGCAACUAAAAGGAAGCGAAGCAAAGAUGGACCUCAGUACGGACGAGAACCUGAGGAAUCUUGUGAAGAAAGGCCAGGAACUAUUGGAUAAGCCUGUUAGAAGUUUAAAUUUGGAGACUGGGCGUCCUGAGACAGUGAAGAACGACUGCACAAACAGGAUGGCAUUGACUAAGUAUCUCCUAUAACUCUCUAACUCUUCCUUGUAUUUUCAGAUCCUAGUUUCCUAUCCUUUUGUUCUCACCAUAACUAUCAUUUCCACUUGCCAGAAUGGCUGAACGACUCUCCAAGGAGAAGAAGUUGAGGGAUAAACGGAGCGCAUCUUCUGCACUUUCUAUGAAUGGCCAUAGUGUUGGAAUAAACAUCUGAACUUCUUUCUUCCAUUCCAAUCACACCUUACGCUAGAAUUUUGUGUAUAAUUUUUAAUUAAAAAACAUAUCAGGGUGUUGGUGAGCCACACAGCUGAUUUGUGUAAUGGUAAACACAGCAAUUCAAGAUUUAGCUGUGUUUUUGCCAACUAAUAGAUGCCAUUUCAUUCUGUUUUUUUUUAUAGCUAAAUUAUUAUUUUAUGUUCUCCAAAUAUUAAUAGCAUUGCAGUUGUGGACAACAAGGCAAUGUAAGUUUUAUAUUCGUUCCAAAAGUGCUUGGAGUGGAUGCAUAAACGUUCCCUACAGCACUUAGUUGGGCCUCUUCAAGGAAUUGUCUUAUUAUUGUAUUCUUUACUGAUAACACUGUAUUCGGGGAAUGGUUUGUAUUAUCGUUGGAUUAAAAAAUAUAGAUGUUAUUAUGAUA